AUGCUCCUCCGCAGCAAUUCUACCAAGGACAGCCUCCUCCUCAACCGCAGUAUGGUCACUACCAAGGACCUCCCCAGCCCAACUUCAAUUCGCGACCCGUCUUCAGGUGGCCCUCCUCCCCCUCCUACAGCUCCUCAGCAAUUCGGCCAUGGCGCUCCCAAUAGCUACAACUUCAGAUACUCAAACUGCACCGGCAGGAGAAAAGCUCUUCUCAUCGGUAUCAACUAUUUCAACCAGCGCGGACAGCUGCGCGGCUGUAUCAACGAUGUUCGCAACAUGACCGCUUACCUCUCCGAAAACUUUGGCUACAAGCGCGAGGAUAUGGUGAUCCUUACCGACGACCAACAGAACGCUAUGAGCCAGCCUACCAAACAAAAUAUCCUCCGAGCGAUGCACUGGCUAGUAAAGGAUGCGCGACCUAACGAUUCCUUAUUCUUCCACUACUCAGGUCACGGUGGACAGACAAAGGACCUCGAUGGCGACGAAGACGACGGCUACGACGAGGUCAUUUACCCUGUCGACUUCCGACAAAACGGCCACAUCGUCGAUGAUGAGAUGCACCGCAUCAUGGUUCGCCCUCUACAAGCUGGCGUUCGCCUGACUGCAAUCUUCGACUCGUGUCACUCCGGUACCGCCCUCGAUCUGCCCUACAUCUAUUCGACACAAGGUAUCCUCAAGGAGCCCAACCUGGCCAAGGAAGCUGGACAGGGCUUGCUUGGCGUCAUCUCAUCAUACACCCAAGGUGAUCUAGGUGGUGUUGCCAGCAACAUCUUCGGCUUCAUCAAGAAAGCUACCAACGGCGACGAGGCUCGUGAGAUCACCAUGAGGACAAAGACUUCUCCUGCCGACGUUAUCAUGUGGUCCGGCAGCAAGGACGAUCAGACUUCUGCCGAUGCUACCAUUGCCUCGAAGGCCACUGGUGCUAUGUCUUGGGCCUUUGUCAACGCGCUUAAGAAGAGCCCUCAGCAAAGCUAUGUCCAGCUGUUGAACAGCAUCCGUGACGAACUUGCAACCCGCUACAGUCAGAAGCCUCAGCUGUCAUGUAGUCACCCUCUCGACACAAACCUGCUAUUCGUCAUGUAA